UGUGAGAGGUGCUUGCCCAAUAUGUGUGAUGCAAAAUGGGGAUGCUUUGUGAAGAAAUCAUCCUUGUAAAGCCAUUGGUUCUGGUCAUCAGACUCUAUCCAAUGCUUUAGUGAUGAUGCUGCUGAUCUAUUUGGGAAGUUGGCUGGCUCUCAAGGCAGAGUCUCUUCUCAAAGGCUGUUUCACAGUGAAAAUAUGCUCAGUGCAGCCGAGUGCAUGAAUGAAAAAGCCUCUGGUACCUUCUAGUCUGGCAAAAUGCAGCACAAAACUCAACUUACUCUGUCCUUUCUGCUGUCCCAGGUUCUGCUGCUUGCGUGUGCAGAAGAUUUAGAAUGUGUCCCUGGAUUCCAGCAAAAGGUUUUUUAUAUUGAACAGCCAUUUGAAUUCACAGAGGACCAGGCAGUUCUGAACCUGGAAUUUGAUGACUGCAAGGGGAAUAACAAAUUGAACUUCGAAGUUUCUAACCCAGACUUCAAGGUGGAACACGAUGGGUCUUUAGUUGCACUAAAGAAUGUCUCAGAAGUUGGCAGAGCCUUGUUUGUCCAUGCACGGUCCGAGCAUGCUGAGGAUAUGGCAGAAAUUUUGAUUGUUGGAGCAAAUGAAAAACAUGGUGCAUUAAAGGAAAUCUUUAAGAUAGAAGGCAACCUUGGAAUUCCAAGACAAAAAAGGGCUAUUUUGGCAACUCCGAUAUUAAUUCCUGAAAAUCAAAGACCACCAUUCCCCAGAUCUGUUGGCAAGGUCAUCAGCAGCGAAGGGACAGAGGGAGCAAAGUUCCGUCUCUCUGGUAAGGGAGUAGAUCAAGACCCAAAAGGAAUUUUCAGAAUCAAUGAGAUCAGUGGGGACGUCUCCGUGACUCGGACCCUUGAUAGAGAAGCAAUUGCCAAUUAUGAGCUGGAAGUUGAGGUCAUAGAUAUUAGUGGGAAAACCAUUGAUGGUCCGGUCCGCCUGGAUAUUUCUGUCAUUGAUCAGAAUGAUAACAGGCCAAUGUUUAAAGAAGGACCCUAUAUUGGUCAUGUCAUGGAGGGAUCCCCUACAGGAACGACUGUGAUGCGUAUGACGGCGUUUGACGCUGACGACUCCAGCACAGACAACGCUCUUCUGCGGUACAACAUCCUCAAACAGACACCUACCAAACCAUCUCCAAAUAUGUUCUACAUUGACCCAGAAAAGGGAGAUAUCGUUACAGUGGUGUCACCUGUGCUUUUGGAUCGUGAGACUAUGGAAACCCCGAAAUAUGAGCUAGUUAUAGAAGCCAAGGAUAUGGGUGGUCUUGAUGUGGGACUAACUGGCACAGCAACUGCCACUAUUCUUAUUGACGACAAAAAUGACCAUCCGCCAGAAUUUACCAAGAAAGAGUUUCAAGCCACAGUAAAGGAAGGAGUCACAGGUGUAAUAGUAAACUUAACCGUUGGUGACCAAGAUGACCCAGCAACUGGAGCAUGGAGAGCUGUCUACACCAUUAUCAAUGGAAAUCCAGGGCAGAGUUUUGAAAUCCAUACCAAUCCCCAGACUAAUGAAGGAAUGCUCUCAGUUGUCAAACCUUUAGAUUAUGAGAUUUCGGCAUUUCACACAUUGCUGAUCAAAGUAGAAAAUGAAGACCCACUGAUUCCAGACAUCACCUAUGGCCCCAGUUCCACAGCAACAGUUCAGAUCACGGUUGAGGAUGUGAAUGAAGGACCAGUUUUCCACCCAAACCCAAUGAGAGUGACAAAACAAGAAAACAUCCCCGUUGGCAGUGUUGUGUUAACGGUAAAUGCCACUGAUCCAGAUACUCUGCAACAUCAGACUAUCAGGUAUUCGGUUUACAAGGAUCCUGCAGGCUGGCUGGAAAUCAACCCUACCAAUGGUACCAUUGGCACCACUGCCAUCCUGGACCGGGAGUCUCCUUAUGUCCAGAAUAAUGUAUACACUGCGCUCUUUCUGGCGAUAGACAGUGGUAACCCUCCUGCUACAGGUACAGGAACUUUACACAUCACCCUGGAGGAUGUCAAUGACAACGUUCCAUCACUUUAUCCAACACUGGCAAAAGUUUGUGAUGAUGCAAAAGAUCUCAGGGUAGUGGUAUUAGGAGCAUCAGACAAAGACCUUCACCCCAACACAGAUCCAUUCAAAUUUGAACUGAGUAAACAAUCUGGCCCAGAAAAAUUGUGGAGAAUCACCAAGCUUAACAAUACGCAUGCCCAGGUCAUCCUGCUUCAAAACCUGAAAAAGGCCAAUUACAACAUCCCAAUCUCAGUGACAGAUUCUGGAAAACCACCUCUGACUAACACCACAGAACUGAAAUUACAAGUGUGUUCCUGCAAGAAAUCCAAAAUGGACUGCAGUGCAACUGAUGCCCUUCACAUCAGCAUGACCCUUAUCCUCCUCUCACUCUUCAGUUUAUUGUGUCUGUAAGAACUCCUGACAUUUGAAGCUGUCCUACCGAGUUGCCAUGGCAAUGAGAAAAAAGGAAACGUCAGAUCUGAAGAUCGCAGUUUACAGUUACUGUUCUUCACUACCAGGCCUCAGUUGCUCCAGAUUCAGUUUAAUUUGCAACCUCACUUAAUCUGUCCAACUGUACAUUGGUGUUUGACAGCCUCUACCCUAACUUCUGUUUAUUAAUGGAUUCCUCUUGCAAGACGCAAGGUUUAUGCGAAUUUUCUCUGAAUAUUAAAAGACCACGACAUCUAAACUGGACCUUGGGGGAGUAGAAAACAGAUUGACUCAAUUUUUUUCUAUCUGUUGACUUGUUGCUAUUCAACUGUUCAGAAAAUAUUUUGUCUGUGGGUUAGUAUUUGUAUAUGUAUGAGUGUAUGUAUAUAUAUAUAUUUAUAUAGAGAGAAGAGUUAUAGGACAGGUUUAGCUUUUAUAAAAUAUUCAUCUGGAGUGUGGAAGGGACAGAGCAGAAUAAUAGAGCCACAGAUGAAUGGUAACUAUUCUACUACCAUGGCUAAACCUACUGUGUUUGCUGUUUAUAGUGUGGCCAGAAGGAGAGAGCGAUUGCAAUCGUACCGCUACAACAGAUAAAGCAGGCUCGGGGCUCUGCAGCGUCACUUCUCGUACCUCAGGUUCAGCAAACAAAAAAAUGCAAGUCCACUGGCUUGUUUCUGGUCUGAACUGCUCUCUUUGUACCCCGAAUGAAUUGACGUCAGGAUUUACAGCGCUGGGAGUGCUGGGCCUGAUUCUAAAGGGGCAAAAGUCUUUGUGUUCCUGCCGAUAAUUAUUUGACAGGGCAGUUUACAAGAUUUAAGUCUUUGAUCAGCUCUGCAGCCAUGGUUAAGUAGGUAGAUGUCUGCAUAUGAGAAGCUGAUUAGAACAGCAAAAGCAGAGUAUUUCUCAGAGCAGUGGUCUCUCUCUCAGCCUCUGUGCAGCUGCCAUUACAUACAUAAGCGCAAGGAGGAAAACAGAUGCCCUGUUAUAUAAAUAUAUUCACACACACACAAAUAUAUAGUUUUGAAUAUAUAUAUACAUACAUACACAUGUACACACAGUUUCCAGUUAAGAGUAACAAGAGCAUUUCUUUGUAUGUGUAAACUUACCACACUUGUUUGCAGAGAUGGAGAAAAAAAAGGGUGUUCGUUAUAUAUGAAUAUGAAUCCUUUUUUAUUCUGUGAGCAUGUAAGGUUAAAAAAAAAAUCCUUCUAAUUGUAUCAAGAUGAUCAUCUUGUUAAUAAAUUGUAAAUGAUCCAUCAAAGCUCACACCAAAUUUUUAUAAAAUUAACACAAAACGUAUACUAGUGACAGACUGUGGCUUUUAUUAGAGCUUGCCAGUAACUAGGGUAAGGUGUCUUAGAAUAUUUUAAUAAACUUGCUUACUUAAAGUUUAAACAAGAAAGCUUCCUUAUGCAAUAGAACUUUGCAGCUGCAUUCUUUAGUUAGCAUUUUUACAGUACUUAUGAAUCAUACUGUAUGUUGUCUUUAUUACAGUGAGAUUAUGAGCAUAUCUUCCACACCACUUAUACAUUUCAAUAGUAAAGCUUUUUGGAAAAGUUAAAAAGUCCAAACAUAAAUUUAGUUUUCCAUAAUGCUACACUAGAUAUUAAAUGUGUGUUGGUGGUUAAAAAUUGCUGUACAAUAGCUUUUCUCCGACUUCCUGUAUUGUACCAAAUAUGAAACAGAUCUUUUUUCUUUUUUUUUUUUAAAUCAAAAGGAAUACUAACAACAGCAACAGAGGAAAAAUUAGUUUGUGUUGUGAACUUUCCUAACAUUCGUAGUUUUCUUGACAAGAUACAAACUGCCUUCAGACAGGAACCUGUUUUUCUCUCCCAGCCCUGCCCAAGUGAACCCUCCCACGGCCCCUGUUCCUGGGGGUGUUGCAAUCACCAAAGUGGUACUUUGGGGUCAGUGGGACUUUCUGUUAAGGCAUUUCAGAGGGAGGUGGCUGAUCUCAAACCUUAACACAGACAGGCUUCUAGUUUUCUUUCUCUGCCCCCUGCCUUGUAAUAUAAUCAUGUGCUUCUGCUUUAUUAUCAACAAUCAUGUCUCUUAAAAAAUACAGUUUUGGGGCAAAGUUUAAAAAGGAAAAAAAAUGAACAAAUGUAUAACACUACUGGAUUUUCAACACAUAUAUUUAAUGAAUGCAUCCAAAUGCACCCAAAGAUAAACUGCACCCUAUGCUUUGAUCUACAAAACCUCUAUCUUGAAUAAAGGAAAUUAUAAAAUCCUCUCCCACAAAUACUCCUUUCCUACUUGUUUUCUUCCUCGCUCUAUCCAGCAAAACCCAAUUCUGGAGAGACACCCAUUGACAUUAGUGUAAACUCUAUCAAGUAGUGGAUAAAGCCACCGUUUUCUGGUUUAAACCGAGGCUCACAGAGCAUUUGUUGAAUCGUUCCAAGGGCAUCCAAAAUAAGGAACAAAGAAAAAUCUCUUCUGCCUGGAACUACGCUAUCAAUGGGAAGAUUCUACCACUUUGUACCCGAGGAUGAGAUCUAUCUUCUUGGAUAAUACUGCAACAUUUGGACAUGUAGAGAGGUCAGUAUCAUGGCUGAAACUCUGAAUCAAGGUGUAUCAAAGCCUUCAUUCACUGUUAGCAAUAUUUCUGCACCUAGAUUAGUGCCUCCCUGCCUUUAUGUGUGUCUCUAGACUUCAGACAGAGCUCAUCACUGGACUACCUAAGCACGCAAAGAGAAGCUGAAGCUGCCAUGUUAAUGUUUCUCCCUCUGUACCUGAGAAAAAAAACUUUUAACCACGAGAUUGGAGCACUUCCUGUAGCAUUAUCCAAGCGACAAUAUAAUACACAAUAUUAGAAUCUCAGUUUUCUUACCUGAAUAAGAUUGUUGGCUCUGGCUCAAAACAAUGGUGCCUAGUUCCUGAAAUAAAGGAGAAACAAUAAUUUAUUAGUUUUUUUCCACAAUAUCACACACACACAAAAAAAAAAAAAAAAAAGUAGAAAAGUUAAUAAAUUGGUUGUCAUAUUUUUAUAGUUAAUUAUGCUUAACAUAAUUGUUCAGGCAAGCUUGCUGCUGUUAUGGCACUUAUUUCUACCUGGUUGUUGUGGUCACUACAACGUAUAUUUCAGUCCAUAUUUGUAGACAUACAACACUGUCCUGAGUCAGAAGGGCAGUGAACUUGUUUUUUUCAUUUCAUAACAUGCACAGAACUUCUUAUGCAAAAAAACGUUUCACUUGAAAAGAGUAUCUGCUCUUAAAAUGCAAAUUAGGUAUAGCAGUUAAUCAGAGAGGAGUUUAUUAGCAAGACAAAGGGCUCACUGGUGGUUGUACUUGCUAAUUGAGCCCUAUCUGUACACCUCGUGUGUGCUUUUACCACACACCUAUAUGCAUUUAUUAAUGUACAUUUUGUUGAGGAACUGUAGGUCUGAAAAUGAAAACAAAGGGAAAACAGCUGAAUUUCCUAAUGGGUAUCAAGAAAAUUAGGUAGGAGUGGAACACUGGCUAAUACACUUUCUGGCCCCAGUGUAAAUCAAAGAGCAACUCCAUUACUAGAAUUGUUUAAGGUUUUUCAUCUAAACCUCCCCACAUAUUGCUUUUCGUGGCCUGCUGUGAACAGUAAAGCAGCAAUAUUUGUCACAGGAUAGUUGAGUGCUUAUGUAUUAUCAAAGGUCUGUCUUUUGUGACAUACAGAGAAACCUACAGCUUAGACACCUCCCACAGCUGCCUCACUUUUCUUCACCAACCACUUUAACAUGUCACUAAUGCACCCAGCACAAUUUGGUUUCUCCUUUAUUUGAAAUGGCUGUGGCCUGUAGUCAAAUAAUUUAGCCUGGUCUCCUGCAUAGUCACUUAGGGAUCACUACACUACAAAGCUCAUUUGUUAAAUUAUGGACUCAUAGUCAGUUUGUAGGGUCCCAGCUAAUUUUUUUCAUCACUACAAAAAGGAAGGAAGAUGUAUGUUAUUAACAACUUUUACAUAAUUUGCCUUGGUUUGGGUUUUUGUCCUGUAUCUGAAAUACCAAGAAAGAUGCCACUAUUCUUCUCAAUUGCUUUUAAAUUCCGCCACUUGAAACACAGCAGAAUUUUGUACACAAAUAAUUUUACAUCACCUUGUCUGAAGGCUUAGUUUCUUUCUGAACAGAUUUAAUAAUGUCAUUUAAAAAACACCUCACAAGAUAGAUUAUAUUAAAGCCACAUCACCUUGAGAACAUCAAGUCUAAGGCAAAUCUCUGAUCCUAUCUGCCCUUUAUUGCAUCUCUAGAAACUCUGUUGUCUGAGAGAUACACUGUCCAGUGCUAACAAGAAAGAUAAAUAACUAAAAUAGCAAUUAUUUUACUUCACUAACUCUAUGAUCUGUAAUCUUUAGCAUUAACAUGCAAAGUACGUUAGGAAUUAUCAUUAUAACUAUUCUGUUUAAAACAGAUAUAGCUGCCUAUUUUGCUAUGUAAAACACAUAACACAUUGACUACACUGUUCUCUCACCUCACAUCAAGAUAUGCUACAGGUGAUUUAUAUUUGUCCAAAUGAAAUGGAUACACUCAUACAUUCUCAGUGGAAAGUUACUAGUUGCACAAUUGCUAUGUGUGUGUAUAUAUGUAGAUAUAUAGAGAUAUACACAUACAUAUAUAAAUAUAUAUAUAUAAAAUAUAUGCAGAUGGAGGGAGACUAAUACAACAUGGGGACUUGGAAUGAGCAGUUUAAUUCCAUGAAUUAUGGAUGAAUACAUGAGUUAAGGGACAGCAUGGGUUAUGUGUGCAAAAAAACCUACACACAAAAACCCAGACUUAUCCCAACUCUCAUGUUGUAUUUAUGCUGCCUUUAGCUGUCCCCUCAUAACACAAUUAUAUAAUUUGAAGAUAUGCAUCAUUGUUUACUGACUCAUUUUUAGCUGUCUAUGUGUCAGCAGGUCACCAGUAGUGGAAAGGGAAGGGUUUGUAGCCAGAAUUCUGCAUUACUGUGCUUUCAGUGGGACAGCUUUUCAGGAAAGCUUCAUCCACCCUUUGAACACUACACUCCUCCUCUGCAUCAGCAAACGACUGUAUUCGGUGACUCGGGGCUAAAAUGAAUGUAGUCUAAAGACAGCCUGUGUGCAUGUCCACGCACACCCCCCUGCCUGGGACCGUGCACUAAGAGCGUGUCUGGUGGACUGUGGUGGUGAAUUCAGUACAAACAAGCUGUGCUGUUACUGCAUUUCAGACAGAACCCUCCUGUAAAAUCAUAUUUGCCCCAUAACAUACUCUGUCUCUUUAAUUUACCACCAAGAUACUUCUUUAUGAUUUUCUUUCUUUUUUUAAAAAUUCAAGCAAAGAGGAAAAUAUUUUAUUUGAUUUAAAGAUACUUAAUUGAGCUACUUUUCCAAUUAAACGUUCCUUUGGGCCCUAGUUGCUGAAUUGCUUGCUGUUUCUGAGGUGUAAAUAAACGUUUUGAUUUAUGAUGUGGUUGCAAAGAAACUUGUAAUUUAUUUGUGAAAUGCUCAAAUAAAGGAUGUAUGGGCUUUUA